ACAACAUUUUUUAAUAAUACAAUAAUCAGGGUAUUAAUUUUCAAAAUAGUUGUUAAAAUACAACGAGUAAGUUUAUUAAAAAGAACAGCCUCGGCAUUAUUGCGUGGGGGAUUUUCUACUGUAAACAAACUGACGCUUGUUUGUCUUUGAAAUAAUGAACAAGUAGAUGGUGGAACAGGGUCAUAAUGGAGGAGUAAGCGUUUCGUUACGGACAUGAACUGUUCGUUUAAAACGAUUAUGCUUUUCACCCUUGUGAUGUGCACGUACAUGUCCGGGCUUGUCCUGUUUCUUUUUUUCAGUGGAAUUUUGUUCUGAUGUAUUCUAAUCAUCAUUUCAUACAAAAGUCAGCUAUCAUAAACAUCUGACAAGUCGAUUAUUGUCAAGAAAAUAACAAUAUGGAAAGCUUUCUGUCAUCUGAAGAGCAGGUGGGCAACGAUGAUCCCGUUCUCCCACCCCAAAUUCAAACUUUCGUGUUCCUCGAUCUUGAAACAACUUGUCUUGAGGCCCUGGACAGACCGAAAAUUAUUGAAGUUUGUAUGAUAGCCAUCCAUCGGAAUUCGCUGAGUUCUUCGACUUCAUCCGGAUCAGACAACACCCCAAAGCUACCGCGAGUUCAAGAUAAACUGACGUUAUGUGUCAACCCCAACAAGGCAGUUUCUCAUGUGUCAUAUGAAAUGACAGGAUUGGACAAUUACAACUUAGUUGAAGAGUCCAAACGGAAGAUAUUUGAUGCCGAUUUAGCGAAGAUGCUGCAACUCUUCCUUGCCCGUCAAGAUGCACCAGUUUGUCUUGUUGCUCACAACGGGAACAAAUUUGACUUUAAACUGCUACGGACUGAAUUGGAUAAAGUUGGAGAGCGCUUCUCUGGUGAUGUAUUGUGUGUGGAUUCGCGGGAAGCUUUUACCCAAAUUGACAAAGUGAACAACCAAGCGAGCAGUCCUGGGAAGAGCGUUGCGUUGGGGAAGAUUUACCAGCGGUUUUACGGCCUGCCUUUUCCUGAUGCACACAAUGCCGAGUCAGAUGUCAUCGCACUGAUCAAGAUAAUAAUGAACAACUCUAAAGUUUUAAUAGAAUGGAUGGACAGAAACAGAGUUCACUUCAACCAGGUGGAGCCAUAUUAUUCACCAUUUAAUUCACCAAGUAGACCUAAGAAGAAACCAAGAAUGGAUCUUUUUUCCGGAGGCCUGAGAAACAUCGUCCAUCCGGAGCAGAUUUCCACGGACACCGAUGGCGGGGAAUUCUGUUCGCCGGAGAUUCGAUCCCACUGGGCGUACAGUGGCGGCCUGGCACGGCGGGGGAGUCCACCAAAAGCUUGCCUUUAUCUUUGCGGAGAAGACGCCCCUUCCGCCUUGGAUCGGUCGAAACUCAUAACAUUCGCACAGCUACGUGUCGCCACCAAUCACUGGGGCGUACUUAUACAGCGCGCCUCACGGUGUCUGUACUUCAUUGUUAACAGUGUUGCAGACCGAGACACUUGUCAGAUUCAAGUCACUUUCAAGUAUCUAACUGUAACUUUUGAGAGUAAUUUUCCAAUCUCCACUAUACCGAAGAUGGCAUCGACUUUUGUUUUUCUUGACUUGGAGACCACUGGGCUCGGCGAUGACUGCAAAAUUACGGAGAUGUGCCUGUGUGCCGUGAGUCGGGCCGCACUCGUGAAUGGACCCAUCACUACCCAUCCACGAUUCCCGCGUGUCAUUGACAAACUGAUCCUGUGUUUCGACCCGGCGAGGGAACUGAGCUCAUUUGCCGAGAGUUUAACAGGGUUGACACGUCAGUUACUCGUUCGUAAUAAGCGGGGUGUUUUCUCCAGAGAUGUAGCUGAUUUUUUGAAGAGCUUUUUGAGGAUGCAGGCACAACCCGUUUGUUUGGUCGCUCAUAAUGGAAACCGGUUUGACUUUGGUAUAAUAGCCCAGCAUUUCAGAGAUGUUGGGGUUGAGUUGCCUGCCGAGAUGGGCCUUCGUUGCUUCGACACCAUGCAAGCAUUCAAGGCGCUCAAACUCAAGCCUGCUACGGUGAAUUUCAAGCUUGGUACACUUUACAAAAAAUACGUUGGUGGAGAAGUCGAAAACGCACAUACUGCCGAAGGAGAUUGUCUGUGCAUGCUUGAACUCGUCUACAACACGGCUGAAGAGGUUAUACCUUGGGCUGACCGCAACGCUGAGGUUUAUGACCAUUGUUAUCUAAAUGGCAACUAGCUGCUUCGACAACAACGAUCGAAAUCUGGUUUGCCGAAAUUUGAACAAACUUCGAGUAUCGCGUCAAACAACUUAAAUACAUUAUUUACUAAACCCGACCAGCCAGGCUUCCCUUACGAUCAACUCUAGAGCAUCCUUCUUCCAGACUGUCUUCCAGGCCGUUAACUCAGUUUGCGAAACGAAUUCAACGUGGUAUAAGAGCAGGAUAAUGAUCACUUAGACAGUGCACUCAUCAACAUACCCUACUAUUAUUGUAAUUUACCACUAAAAAGUACAAGUGACCAAUAUCAGGACUGUUAAGGGCCCAAUUUUUUCUUUAUUGAUAAAAAACAGGAUUACCAACCAAAUUUCCAUGUGUUGCAUAUUGCUUGUUAACGUACUCGGGUAUUCAG